AUGAACAGCAGCAACUGCAGCUCCUGGGAGCCCCGAGUGGCCAAGGGAGUCUUGCUCACCUACCUGGGCGGGCUCCUGGCGCUCGGCCUGGUGCUCAACGGGCUGGCGCUCUGGGUGCUGUGCCGGCGCCUGCCGCGGUGGACGGAGACCCGCGUCUACAUGGCCAACCUGGCCGUGGCCGACCUCUGCCUGCUCUGCGCCCUGCCCUUCUUCCUGCACUUCAGGGAGACCUCCAAGGACACGCCGCUGUGCCAGCUCUCCCAGGCCGUGUACCUGCUCAACAGGUACAUGAGCAUCAGCCUGAUCAUGGCCAUCGCCGUGGACCGCUACAUGGCCGUGCGGCACCCCCUGCACGCCCGCGGGCUCCGCUCCCCCGGCCGGGCCGCGGCCAUGUGCGCCGCGCUCUGGGCCGUGGUCCUCGGCUCCCUGGUGCUCCGCUGGUUCCUGGACGUGCAGGACGGUGGCUUCUGCUUCGCCGUCCGCUCAGGGCGGAACACCUCCACCGAGGUCUUCUCACUGCUGGGCUUCUACCUGCCGCUGGCCGUGCUGGUGUUCUGCUCUCUGCAGGUGGUGACCGCCCUGACCCAGAGGCCCGAGGCCAACCCGGGCCAGGCGGAAGCCACGCGAAAAGCCUCUCGCAUGGUGCUGGCGAACCUGGCUGUCUUCGUGGUCUGCUUCCUGCCCUUCCACGUGGUGCUGACGGUGCGCGUGGCCCUGGGCCUGCAGACCUGUGCCCUUAAGACGGCCAUCCGUAUCACCAGCAGACUCUCAGACGCCAACUGCUGCCUGGACGCCAUCUGCUACUACUUCAUGGCCAAGGAGUUCAAGGAGGCAUCUGUGUCAACCAUGUCCCUCAGAGCCGAGGCCCACAAGAGCAAGGACAGUCUGACUGUGAACUUGACCUAGGAGAUGAGCCAUGGGCUCCCCUGCAGGGGGACCAGUGACCAGAGACCAGCCCCACAGUCUGCCCUGAACUCGCUGUGGGCCGUGGGCUGUGGACACUCAGGAGGCUCAACUCAGCAGGACAACCUGGGCAUGGAGCCUGGGGAGGCACCACCCCCACCCCCAGGGCAGAAGAGGGGCAGGAUGAGGACAGGAGGACUGGGGCCUGAGCGGGGCCAAGCCCAGGGACCCUGCUGCGUCCAGAGCCGCCUGGCACACCUGGGGCCCUGGGAGGGGGGUGUCUGCCAGAUGCCUGAGGCUCUGAUAGCCAGCCUUCUGCUACUGCCCCACAGGGGCCAGAAUAAAGCUCUCCCCUGGGGCUCUGUGCC